AUGACUGUCCCAAUGCAAACCAACAUCGAUCCCAAGGAGAUCCAGGCCCACCUAUCCCAAUACAAGGGCGACAAGUAUGUCGAAGGCUGGGCCUCCCUCUGGGAUAAGGGCGACAAGCUGCCCUGGGACCGGGGCUUCCCCAACCCAGCUCUGGAGGACACCCUCGUCAAGCAGCGCCCAACCAUUGGUGCGCCCGUUACCGAUGCCGGCAGGCGCAAGGCGCUGGUCCCCGGCUGCGGGAGGGGCGUUGACGUCCUCUUGCUCGCGAGCUUCGGGUAUGAUGCCUAUGGUCUAGAGUACAGCUCGGCUGCUAUCGAGGCUUGCAAGAAGGAGGAGAAAGAGAAUGCCAAUUGGUAUCGGGUGCGGGAUCAGUCGGUAGGCACCGGCAAUGUCACUUGGAUCCAAGGUGACUUCUUCGAUGAUGCUUGGUUACAGAGCAUUGGCUUGCCAUUGAACUCUUUCGAUGUUAUCUAUGAUUAUACGUUCUUCUGUGCUCUUGAGCCAUCGCUGCGUCCCAAGUGGGCGCUCCGUCACACCCAGCUUCUGGCUCCCUCCCCCGCGGGGAACUUGAUCUGCCUCGAGUUCCCGCGUCAUAAGGAUCCCCUAGCUGCGGGGCCCCCAUAUGGUGCCUCCUCAGAAGCAUAUGUGGAGCACUUGAGUCACCCAGGCGAACAAAUUGCUUACGAUGACAAGGGUGUCGUGAAAUACGAGCCUCUUCGGGAACCCAGUAAGAACGGCCUGGAGAGAGUGGCAUACUGGAAGCCAGAGCGCACUCACGAGGUAGGCCAAGGAGAGAACGGAGUGAUCCACGACCGAGUUUCCAUCUGGCGUCGCCGCAAUUAA